GGAUCAAGGGUUGAUAGUCAAGGUCCUAAGUGGCAAACGUCAUAUUGGCAAGACGGUGCAUUCCGAAAUACUGUUACUGUAGGUAUCGUGUGACAUGAAUUGCCUAUCCGUUUAUGCAAAUCCCGACAUGUCGUUUCAGAUAAUUUGCAACUAAAGACUUCUACCAUGGCACUCAAAUUCGAUAUCAUAUCAGAUUUGAUGUGUACAGUACUUAAAGAUUCUAAUGCCAUCACUUGCCGGCAAUAACACGGCGAAUUACCAUCGACCCUCGUCUAACUACCUUACCUUACUUUUACUACAUUCUUUUUCGUAUGACAAGCAAAUGAUUAAAUAAAUCUAGAAAGACUGUUAGAAGUAUAUUACUAGAGACUUGAUUCUUACGCGACCUAUUCUAUACCUUCCAAAAUGCAAACGGUUGAAGGGAUACCCGUUCCCUCGAAGGGUAAUCCGGAAGAAAAUUUACCUGAGGUUCCGUUGCCUCCUAAUAAGAGACCGCGCAAAGCAAAGGAUAAGACAGGAGCUCCGCCCUCACGUUUCUCUCUCCGAGUUACCGCCGGCUGGUGGAGGUCUUUACAAUGCAUUGGAAUGAGUUUACACUUCCUCGCUUCUCCGCGACCACCAAAUCCAGACUUCGUCAAGUCGAUUCCUUCUACCAUAUCAACCACGAAAGGUCAAUUUAAUCUCCAAUUUUAUCUACCCGAAGGUUACAACAAGGAUCCAAAGAGCGACAAAUGGCCAGUCGUUGUAAAUUUCCAUGGAGGAGGGUUCACAUUGGGUAGCGCAUCGGACGAUGCAAGAUUCGCUCGCUUCGUACUCGAGAAGUGUCACGCGGUUUUCGUAUCAGUAGACUACCGAUUAGCGCCAGAAUUCCCAUUCCCUACCGCCGUUGAUGACGGAGUAGACGCAUUAUUAUAUAUCAUCAAUAAUGCAGCGAAGCUUCGACUCGAUAGCAAUAGGAUAGCAACAUCGGGGUUUUCAGCAGGCGGCAACAUCGCCCUCACGGCGCCGAUCCGUUUGUUCGAACAUGGAAAGACUGUGGAACUUCCCGAGUAUCGUAUUCUCGCUGUCGCAACCUGGUAUCCAAUCACCGACUAUACACUGACUCGUGCCGAACGCAGAGCCUCUGCGCUCCGUCCCGAAGCUACUCUCCCGCCGACCUUGACGAAUCUAUUUGACGCGUCGUAUCUAUUUCCUCCCGAAUUAGACCUUGCUGAUCCAUGUCUAUCACCCUCGAAAGCGUCGGACGAGAUGUUGAUCGAAGGCCUGCCUCAUAAUAUAAUAUUCUAUACGUGCGAAUGGGAUAUGCUGCUACACGAAGGCGAAGAGCUUGCUCAGCGACUACAGAAUCCGCCUAUUUCGAAGAACGUCUUUUACACUAUGAUACCCGGCGUAGCACAUGGAUGGGAUAAAGGACCAAAUCCAAUGAACCCCCCACAGAAGUCGGAGAAGCUGUAUGGUGAAUGCUGUCGCAAGCUCAAGAACAUCUUUGAAGAAGACGAGGCGCAUUCGAUCCUUCAUCUUCCCUUAAAACUACCCCCUUUACUGCAACCCAAACCCAAGGAUGGGAGCAGCACAGACUGAAAGAAGCGGAUUGUCUUGAGACUUUACACACCAUCUGGUUUUAACGAGCCACUAAGAAGCUGAUGGUCAAGUAUAUUAUCAAUAUUAUUGAUGAACGAUGCCUAACUCUAUUAAACUAGAUACCCUACUGUAAUGAAUCGUCAUUCAUUAUUGUACGCGAAGACUGCCUGCAAGAUACUAAUUCUCGUAAUAUAACAAAUUAUCUCUAUUGUAUCUAGGAUAACACCCUAAAAAAUGUGAUAAAUUAAAAC